CAAAUCAUGAAAAGUGAAAAUUGUUUAACCCAACAUUCGUAGAGGAAAAUAACACAGCUCAUAGCUCACGUUCCGCUAGAGUUUAGAGUUUCUUUUAAAAACCUGUAAUUGUCAAAAAACACUUAGAACGCUGUACAAGUGGAAAAUUUUUAAAUCAUUAGUCUAACCGCCAGUGGAAAUUCAACGAAAUUAUAAAGCAAAACACCAACAAAACUACCGCAACAACACAAAGGACAAAGCGACGAAUCGAAGCAGUUCCCAGUCACUACUAUCCACUGUUUACAACUACAAAAAAACACACACACACAAACAAGAAACAUACUUAGCUACAGAUACUACUACGAAUCAACGUUGCCAAAGAAGAGAAAUCCAUAAAAGUAACAAUAACAUCAAACAACAACAAUCGCAAUUAAAAAGUCUCCUCUUCCCCCCCCAAUUUACCAUCGAAAACCAAAUGAAAGAAAGACAAAGUCCUUGAACACAUACAAUUGCAUUCUUAGAAACCGAAUAGAAAGCAACAACAAAAAUAUAAAAUAAUAAUAACUUACUACUACAUACAACUACAAUAAAAAAAGGCAAACUUAUACACCUACACACCAACAACUACUAACUACGCUUACAAAAUACAAAAAAAAAACAACUGGACAAAACAAAGGACAGACAAAAGAAACUAAAAUAAUAAUCCUCAACAAAACAAUACAAGACGCAAAAAGAACUCAGCAAAGCCCAUCAAAUAGCCGUGAGAUAUUUAAAGCCCUGAAGAGCCAAGCCAUACCACAUACCACACACAUACCGACAAACAUAUUCUAGCCACCAACCAACCGACCGACCGACUCUACUUCAAACAAAUAAACGAAACAACGACUAACAAAAAUGCAUAUUGAAAUACAAGUGGCAUUAAAUUUCGUUAUCUCGUAUCUGUACAACAAACUGCCCCGGCGGCGGGUGAAUAUUUUUGGCGAGGAAUUGGAGAAGGCGCUAAAGGAUAAAUUCCAAGGUCACUGGUAUCCUGAGAAACCCGUCAAGGGUUCUGCAUUUCGUUGCCUAAAAACAGGCGAUCCCAUUGAUUCCGUUUUGGAACGGGCCGCUCGUGAAAGUGGUGUUCCAAUAACAGAUAUUCUAGAAAAUCUUCCAAAUGAGCUUUCCGUGUGGGUGGAUCCCGGUGAGGUGUCUUAUCGAAUCGGUGAAAAGGGUGCCGUUAAGAUUCUCUAUUCCGAGAAUAGUGACAAUCAGGAAGAUAACUCAUCCGCUGAUGGAGAAGUGAAUAAGACAUUUAAUCCUGAGGCCCAAUGUUUCCGCCCUAUCGAUGCUGUCAACUCGAGCAUGAAUAGUUUGAGUUUAAGUCCUAAAACUUCUCCCAUGGCUGGCUCAUCACCCCUCUCGGCUACAUCCAAUUCUCCUACCUAUAAGGGCAGUCCGAAUCCAGUAACUGCACCCGGUGUAAACAAUGUUGGAUUUAUGCAACGUUCUCAGGCACCAUUGACAUUCACUACAGCUACCUUUGCUCAAACGAAAUUUGGUUCGACAAAAUUGAAAACUAAUUCCAAAAGAUCAAAUAACACUUCAUAUCGUAUGUCCCCAACAGAGUUCUCAAACUAUAUAAAACAACGUGCCAUGCAACAACAGCAAAUACAUCAUGGUGGUCAUGGGCAUUCACCCAAUGGUGUUGGCGGUCCCGGACAGCCUGGCAAUCAUUUUGGCCCCAUUGGACCCGUCUCACCGGCACGAUCUCUAUCGCCAAAUCCCUUGUCUUUGGGUAUGGCACAGAAUGGUGGCGAUCCCUUCUAUUUCCCCAGCAUGGCUAUGGGCAUGUAUCCACAAUUCAAUAAUCAUCAUCGUAAUCUGUUCGAUGCCACUCACUUCCAUGGUGCCGAUAGCAAUGGAUUGUUUGCCCCAACUAACAAUGGUGUGGGUCACGGUAAAUUCAAUAACUAUUUGGAACCACAUGGUUUUUAUAACAUCGGAGGAAAUCAUCAUAUGGCACAGCAGCAGCAACAACAACAUCAACAGCCACAAUCUCCCAUUGCCAUGAAUGGUGGUGUUGGUGGCGCUCAUCAUUCGUUGGGCAAUAUGAAAGCUUCAAAUAUUGCCGAAAAUAUUGCCAAGGACUCAGCUGCCGGCUCCAACAACAGCAAUAGCAAUACCAACAACAAUGCUGCCAACAUUACUGUAACAGUAACCAAUGGCGCCAAUGAAAGCACUGCUGUCAGUCCCGUGCCCCCAGCGAGCUCUGCAAAUGCUGCGGUAACAGCUGCAAAUACGGAACGUCAAAAUGCUGCCAAUGCAGUUGUGGCUGCUGUGGCCGCUGUCAACAACAGCACUAGCCAACAAGACUCGUCAUCGUCGUCGAACUCCUCCAAUGCUUCGGCUAACUCGAAAUUAAUCGAUGGUCUCAAUUCAUUCUAUUCCAAUGCCACUGGCUCCUAUCAACAACUUUUAGUUGCCAAUUAAAAGUCAACACAACUACACUUACAACAAAGAGUCCCAUAAGACACACACACACAGACAACACACAAACACAACUACAACCAUAUAUUGCAAAUAACGCAAAUAUCUAGCUGUAAAAGCAAGUAAAAAAUGAAUGAAUCAUUAUAUAUUUUUUUAAAUGCUUAAAGGAAAACAAACAAAAGAAAAAACAAAAACACGAUAAAAAUUAGUUUCAUCAAGGACUUAAUAAAACAAAACAAAAAACAACUUUGUAUAAGAAAAAAAAAAAGAAGAAGAAAAAACAAGAAAUAUAAAAUAUUUUUUUAUUUGUUUCUAAUUUUUGUAAUUAGCUGUAAUUUUUUUAGAACAUAAUAAUAUGUAGUAGAAAAAAAAACAACAAAAACCAGAAGAAUAAGACGAAGACGAUACUGGAUAAAGUCAUAAACAAGAGUAUAUAUUUUUUCACUGUUAAUUUUUUAUACACAUUUUAAACAAAAUACUAUUUAAUAUUUAAUAGAAUAUGUAUUAAAGCUAACGAUUUUUCACGUAAAGAAAGAAUCCCUUUUUUGUAAGUAAAUCAAUGGAAAGGAAGAAGUAGAAUAAGAAGAGCCCAACAGCUGAUGGUAGACAAUUAGAAAUACAACACUGCAUGCGGAAGCGGAAAUGUCGAAAAAUGGUUGGGAUUUUAAAUCUCUUACGGAUGACAGUUUAUAAAACAGAGUUGCCAUUCUUUAACGUUUCCACAGCUGCUGGGACUAGCAAAAUGUCACGGAAAUUUGUUUCAAUUGUUAAGUUUAUCUAUGUUAAUAUUAUCUUUACAACACCUCACUCUCUCUCUCCUCAAAAUCUCCCUUCUCUCAAAAGCCCACUUUUCUUUGACUAAAUUUAACCAAACCAAGAAAAAAAAACUAUAAAUGGAAUACUGUUAAAUAAUUUUUUCAUAAUAUUGUACAAUCUAUAUUACUAUUAAAACAAAACAAACAAAAAAAAAAACAA